GACAUCCCCCUGUACUCUGAUUGGUCAAAUGUCACGAAUGUUAAGAAAAUGUUAAGAAUCUCGCUUUUCGAUUGGCUGGAAAUGUUAUAGCGCUUCGACGCGAUUGGCCCAAAUGUCAUAGCGCUUCGACGCGAUUGGCUGUGCAGUUCGACAUUGCUCGACAUUUCUGAAAUAUUGUCGGACUAUCCUUCGUCAGCUGGCGCUCAGGUCGCAGUCUCCCCUGGAGGCGUGGGUUCGAAUCCCACUUCUGACAAUAUUUUUAUCUUUUUUUUUCCUUCAACACGACGAGAACGUGUUGCGGUUGAAAGCGACUGUUUUCCGUCUAUUUCAUAAAAGAGAUCAGUUUACCAGCGCGAAGUCACGAAGAAAUGAAACAUGGCGGACUCGGAUGGGAGACAGGUUGACAGCAUCAACAAUGCUACAGAUGAAGAUGUAAAGUUGCAAGAAAUUGUACUGGCAAAGAAUGAAGGGAAGGAAUUGACCAAAGAAGAAAAGCAGCGUCUUAGGAAAGAGAAGAAGCAGCAUAAAAAGAGUAAAAAAGAUGACAAGGGUCCUCCAGAGAAGGAAAAGGUGAAAGAGAAAGCAUCAGUACCAGUUCCGUCAAAACCUGCCACACAGAGCCCAGCACAUAAAGCGGCUCCUGUACCUGUAAAUGCAUCUGCUUCUGAAUCUCCUGCGGCUGCAGAGAAGCCUGCCAAGAGCAAAGCGGAACUGCGAGCAGAGCGUCGGGCACGGCAAGACUCAGAUCGAGCAUCAAAACAGGGCAAGAAAGAAGUGGGGCAGCAAUCUGCCUCCAGCAAGCCUAAAGCUACCCCUAAUGAGCUUCAGCCAGUAGUGAAAAGGUUGCCAGAGCAUGUUCAGGUGGACGACCCUGCUGCAUUGAAGAAGUUGGCCAAAAAGCUUGAGAGGCAGCAGGUUCCUUUGAGGUCAGAUUAUGGAUACAAGGUCAGCCUGUUCUCACAUCUCCACCAAUACAGCCGGAAAAACCCUCCCACCCAGCAAAUCAGCAUCCCUGCCACAGUUAUUCACCCAUCCAUUGUUCGCUUGGGCCUGCAGUACUCUCAGGGCAUUAUAGCAGGAUCCAAUGCUCGAUCUGUGGCCCUACUACAUGCCUUCAAACAGGUUAUUCAAGACUAUAGCACACCUCCAAAUGAGGAGUUGUCAAGGGACCUUGUGAACAAGCUGUCGCCCUAUAUCAGUUUUCUCAGCCAGUGUCGACCCCUUUCGGCCAGCAUGGGCAAUGCCAUCAAAUACAUCAAGAAGGAAAUCUCAAAUAUACCAAGUCAAUGCAAAGAAGAGGAGGCCAAAGGGGAACUGCAGGCAUGUAUUGAUAGUUACAUAAAUGAGAAGAUCAUUUUGGCUUCUGAAGCCAUUUCUAAGUAUGCUAUUGAGAAGAUAAGUAAUGGAGAUGUCAUUCUUGUUUAUGGCUGCUCUUCACUUGUCAACCACAUUCUGUGCAAAGCUUUUGAAAAGCAGAGGAAGUUCAGAGUCAUAGUUGUGGACAGUCGGCCCAGACUGGAGGGUAGAGAGACGCUGAGGCGUCUGGUGAAGAAAGGCAUCCGAUGUACUUACGUUCUCAUAUCUGCCUUGUCCUACAUUCUGCCAGAAGUAUCCAAGGUAUUUCUUGGUGCCCAUGCACUCCUUGCUAAUGGAUAUGUGAUGUCACGUGUGGGAACUUCCCAAAUUGCCCUGGUAGCAAAAGCCUACAAUGUACCAGUGCUGGUCUGCUGUGAGACCUACAAGUUCUGUGAACGAGUGCAGACUGACUCUUUUGUAUCCAACGAAUUAGAUGACCCAGAUGACCUAAUUGUGACCAGAAAUGGGAAAACUCACCUAGAGAACUGGCAGACUGUUAAAUCACUGGGGCUUCUGAACCUGGUGUAUGAUGUGACGCCACCAGACUUUGUGGACCUUGUGAUCACUGACUUGGGCAUGAUCCCCUGCACCUCUGUGCCUGUGGUACUGCGAGUCAAGAACGUAGAUCAGUGAAGAGCAGACAAAACACGGUUCUGCUUCCCUCUUGCAUCUGCACAUAAGAAUCUGUGCACUUCUGGCACCCAAUAAACGUAUCUAUGAAAUGGAACAAGCUUUUCAAAUAAAGCCACAGUUUAUGUCCUCACUAGUGGGAUCCAUUUAAUUUCAAAUUGUAUAACUGGUCCAAUUCCAGUUUCGAAAAAAGUCCACCUAAUUAGAUUUUCUUUGGAAAAUUCUCAAAUUAAUACUUAGAAUUGUUGUACACAAGAUCAAGAAUGUCAGAUAGCUUUGUUAUUGUGUCAGAUCCACGAAAUUUAAGAAAGUGUCUGUAAACCCUGUGUUUUCAAUUUUGGCGCAUCAUGGUGAGUGUAUAGACAUAAACAUCUAUCAUCCUUUUUUGGAUAGUUUCUGUUGCUGAAGUCCUUUCAUAGAUGUGAAAAGGGAAAAAGAACAUGGUGCAAAUGUGUGUAAGAUCAUGCAAAAGCUGAAUGUGUUGCAUAAGAGGUUUUGUUUGUACUACCAAAACCUUGGAAACGCUACAGAAAAAUAAAUGGCUGUUGGCUGAUUCUUUGUGAUAUUGUGACAAAUCUUUAUUUUAGGUACCAGGCUGCCAAGGUACAUGCUGAAUUCCCUACCACAAUACUACAUUAUUGACAAAAACCCACAUAAUGUAAUUUACGUAUGUCAGUAUUCUACUAAUAGUGUGUCCAUCUAUAUAUCUCAGAUGGAACAGAUUCCCUUUUACACUCUUACGCUGCCAAAAAGAGAAAAGCAUAGUUACAGAGGUUGAAGGAUCAUCAGUUAGGAUAUAACAUGUGACAUCUGUAAACAGCAGGAUGUGGCAGUAACGAUCUACAUUUUUCACAAAUAACAACAGUCCUACAACACCCAUGUCCCAAUCUGUAAAAUUAAUUAUUUUUCUACGUCAAAAACACAAAUUUUUAAGUAAACAUCUUUAAAAAUGAAGAUAAUUUUUGUCUUAAAGCAACACAAAAUAUUUGUCCUUAAUCAUUGUUAUAAUACAUGAGUGCUUCACUUUGACAUGUUUAGGAGUCUAAAGAUCAGUCAGAAAUGUGGCUGCCCUCCAAACACAAUCGGCGAGGUCCGUCUACGGUCAGUUUUCCCUUUACAGACCAGCCUUAUCAAGGCUGUAAAAAUGUGACAGUAUUCAUGAAAGCUUUCAAAAAAUGUAUAAAUAAAAAGAUUUAAGGACCUUGAGAGUUAAAGGAAAGUAAAACAUUCAGCACAAACUGCAAACUUUUAACAUU